UGGUCCUCAGUACACAGCGGUCUAUCAGUUGGAGUGCAGCUAGCGUGGAGUUUCAACCAGCGGAGUAGCGAGCCACAGCUAUCUAUCAUGGCCGCCGGAGUCCAAAUCUGAAUGCUCUUUUCUCCCUCUUCUCCUCCUUGGAGAUUUUAAAGGAAUUAUCCACACCCUUCGAGGUUUAUUCGGACUAAAUACAUUUCCCAGGGAAUAUACCAUUCAUGUCAAUACCUAAAUAUGCAGCCACCGCCGAGAAAGGUAAAAGUGACUCAGGAGAUGAAGAACAUUCACACGGAGCAGAUGACCAGACUGCACCUGAAACACCAGACGGAAUGUGACCUACUGGAAGACAUGAGGACCUACAGCCUGAAGAAGGGACAGCUGGAGAGGGACUAUGCACAGGCACUGCAGAAGUUGGCCAGCCAGUACCUGAAGAGGGACUGGCCUGGAAUCAACCCAGAUGACCAACGUACAGACUACAGGAACGUGUAUGCGGUGUGGAGGUCCUAUCUGGAGGGCACGGUGCAGGUCACCCAGUCUCGCAUGAACGUGUGCGAGAACUACAAGAACGAGAUCUCCGACCCAGCCAAGACCGUCCGGCUGUUCAAGGAGCAGCAGCUCAAAAAGAGUAUAGAGCAGCUGAGUCAUAUCCAGGCAGAGCUCCAGGACUCGGUGAAGGACCUGGCCAAGGCCAAGAAGAAGUACUACGAGUCAGAGCAGGUGGCCCAGGCUGUACGAGAGAAGGCCGACAUCGAGGCCAAGUCGAAGCUGGGGCUUUUCCAGUCCCGGAUCAGUUUACAGAAAGCCAGUGUGAAGUUGAAAGCUAAGAGAAGUGACUGUAACUCCAGAGCGACCCAUGCCAGGAACGACUACCUGUUAACCCUGGCGGCUGCCAACGCUCACCACGACCGCUACUACCACGCAGACCUGCUGCACUGCAUCCAGACGUUGGAUGGAGGUAUAUAUGAGCAUGUGAAGGACUAUCUGAUAGCAUUCUGUCGAACAGAGCUGGAGGCUUUCCAAGCUAUCCACAACACCUUCCAGUUUCUCCUGGACAAAUCCAGUAGGGUGAUGCAGGAGUUCAAUCAGCAGCUGUUUAUGAAGGAGAACCCCAUGUUUCACAAAGCACAAGACUUCCAGUUCCAACCCAGUGAAUGUGACACGACUCUAAGCUCGGUGCCGCAGUUGGUGGACAUUGAGCCUUCGCCCGUCAGUGCCAUGAGACUGACCCUGGCACAGAGUCGUCAGCUGGAGUCAGACACAGGAACCACAGAGGAACACAGCCUAAACAAGGAGGCCAGGAAGUGGGCAACCAGAGUGGCUAGAGAACACAGGAACAUCAUCCACUACAAGAGAACUCUGGAGGAGUGUGACACACACGGCGUCUCUCCCUCGGAGCAGGCCCGGAGUGAGCUGGAGCUGAAGAUAGAGGAGACCAGGGAGAACAUGCGCAAGGCUGAGAUUGUAAAGCUGAAAGCUGAGGCCCGGUUAGACCUACUAAGACAGGUGGGAGUUGGCGUGGAUACGUGGCUGAAGAGCGCCAUGAACCAGGUAAUGGAGGAACUGGAAAAUGAACGCUGGGCAAACUACACUACCCACGAUCCCUUACUCGCGGGCCCCGUGGACCUGGAGCGAGAGGAAGGCGAGGAGUGUGAGGAGAGCAUGGAGGUGUUUGACGACAGCAGCUCCAGUCCUUCUGGAACCCUCAGGAACUACCCUCUCACCUGCAAGGUCCUCUACUCAUACAAGGCAUCCCAGCCUGAUGAGUUAACCAUAGAUGAACAAGAAGUGUUGGAGGUCAUAGAGGACGGAGAUAUGGAGGACUGGGUCAAGGCUCGUAACAAGAUAGGCCACGUGGGGUACGUACCUGAGAAGUACCUCCAGUUCCCCACCUCCAACAGCCUACUGAGCAUGCUCCAGUCUCUGGCGGCGCUCGACGCACGCUCGCACACCUCGUCCAACUCCACCGAGCCUGAACUCCACAGCAGCAGCCUCAAUGGAGACGCCAACGUGAGCUACGUGCGGGCGCUGUACGACUACGAGGGCCAGACGGACGAGGAGCUGACCUUCCCAGAGGGCGCCGUCAUCCGCCUGCUCAGCCGCGACACGCAGACGGACGACGGCUUCUGGGAGGGCGAAUUCAGCGGGCGGGCGGGGGUGUUCCCCUCCGUGCUGGUGGAGGAGCUGACGGAGAACGGGGAGAACGGGGCCGACACGCAGAUCUCUCCCUCUCAGAGGAAGCCCUCCUUGCUCCCGCCCCUCCCCCUGUACGACCAGCCCCCGGCCGGCUCCUACGCCAGCCCGGCCACGCCCCCGCCCCUCCCCCGCUCGCCGUCCGUCAACGGGGACCACCGGCCGCCGCCGCCUCCCGCGCAAAAGGGGCCCGUGCUCAACCACAGUGCAGGUCUGAGUCCUAUAUCUCCAGGGUUUCAGCAGCCGCCCCCACGCCCCAGCCCCGACUGCGUGGGCCCCAGCAAGCUACGGCCGGUGCGCGCCGCCCCCCCUCCCCCCAAGCAGCACGCCCGCCGGCAGGCGGAGAAGACAGAGGAGGUGGAGAUCACGCUGGUGUGAGGCUGGGGAGGGGGGGGGGCCCUGAGCUGCACCCUGGACCCCCCUCCACUGGAAAGAGGGGAGGAGACCUAGACAGCCUCCCUUCCUCCUCUCCUCUCCCAUGAGACUCUCUGUUGCCUUGACCUCGUCGCACCUCACCAUCUUGAAUGAAGGAAUUCAGCUGGCGGAGGAGGAGAAGGAGGAUGUUGGGGGCGGAAAGCAGUGAAACCAGGAUGUGAGAGUCUGAAAGAGGGAGGGGCUUAUCUGUGUUUUCCCCCCAUUCACGCCAUAUAUACUCAUAUCAUACGUAUUUAAUGUGUAUUAGUACAGUACAUUACUGUUGUCAUAGGAAUGCUCAACGUUUUCUAUAGCCUAACCCGCUAAAUGGAGUAUCUAUUUGAUAUGUAGUAGUCUAUCCAUAUUGCGACCUGAAAGGGCAUUGUACAUACAAAAUAAGGGGAAUAGAGAGAUGAUGGGGCGGGGGGGGUGGGGGGGUGGGGGGGGGAGGGGCCAAACCGAGAGAGAGAUGGGUUGGGGGGGGGCUGGAUCCUCCCUGGACACACUGCUCUCGUCUUGAGUUUCUUCUCCUUCCCCUCUACCUCGACCCUUCUCUUUUCCCUCCGACAGGCUGUUUGUUUAUUGGCAGUCUGUGCUGACCCCCCCCCCCCCCGCUCCCUCACACACACACAGACACAUGCCCUCUGUGCGUUUCCCCAAUAUUUCGAACCGCAGGGUAGAUUGGUCAGUGGAACUAUUCUAAAUGGUGAAAUGGCUGCUUUCUAAUCCAAUUUCCUCUUAGACGUUGGUGUGAUCUGUUGUUACACAGCAGUGCGCGCACACACACACACACACACACACCUGUGCUGCUUUAGAAGACUGCCCCAGCUCACAGCUCCAUACCUGCUCUAACUACCUACCUGCUCCCGUGAACCAUUCUUCAAAUUACAAACUUUUGCAGACGAAGCAGGCAGCAGUCUUGUUUUCUCCGUAUUCUUUCUUUUACGUUUGAGAGCCGUUGACCUUUGAACCCUGAACGUGUCAAUCAACUGCUCGACAAUGACGGCGCGGGAUGAUGGAGGUGAACUGAGUUUCGGAUCUCUGAGCCCCCCCGCCCCGACCUUCCACCCCAGCUACCUAGGAGGCUGCAUAGCACUUUUAUUUAUUAUCUUCUCUCGUUUCUCUGCCACUGUUUUUUAUUUUUGGUCAUUGUUAGCUCUUAAUCUCGCUGCACCUCUCCUUGUCUGUGAUCUGAUUUGAGUCUGAAACACGAGUUCAGAUUCCCAAACUCCUCCUGAUUGAGCCAGAACAUGGGGACAGUCUGUCUGUCUGUCUGUCUGUCUGUCUGUCUGGCUCCUUGCCCGUCUGUCUGUCCUACCGUCCAUCCCGCUGUAAGAUUGUCUCCUUCUUGUUUCAGUGUGUCUGAAAGCUGUUGUUCCCUCCCCUUGUUCUACUCAUAUAAGGAGAGAGAGAGACACCGGCAGUCGGAGAUGCAAGCCAUGUGUUACUCUGUGUGAAAAUAAAGAUUUAAACAACACAAUAAUAAGGGAUAUGUGUUUUGUCCAUGUGAAUACAUGGACAAAAUGUGUAUUGUUUUUUUUAGAAACUGGCGUGUUUGAAGAAUGAUUAUGACAGGAGUACAGAUGUGGCGGGUUAGAUCUGGUUUCAGCUAGCUGCACCCGCCCCAGCCUGUGUGUGUCUGCCUGUGGGGAGAAAGGACUCUGAAACUCUGACUUCCGAGAUCACCUGGAACUUUUUCCUGCGUGUCAUUGCGGAUGGGAAGCUGACCCCCUGCUCAGUGCAGACAGACGACCCUCUGCAGAUGCCCGCUUGAUCUUUCUAAGAUCUUUAGAGUGUUUAUCAAACUUGUUUUGAAGUUUAUGGUUUACAGCGACAACCUCUAUCCCGUCAGAAGUCUGUCCUCACCCUGACGACUGACUAAACACACACAACUGUAUCCCAUCACUUGGUUUUCUAGUUACGGCUCUAUAAUCCUUGAAAAAAAGAUUUGUUGUUAGUUCCUGUGGGGUUUAUUUUGUUUCUUAUUUUGUUUUGGUAAAAAAGAAAAAAGAUAUUUCAGUUGAUUUGAAGAUGUUUCAGAGCUGCUAAAAAUGAUGUGGUUGAACAACAGGCCUUUUUUUGUGGUGGUGUCACAAUGACACUGUUGAGAACAGGCACAACAUUAUUUCUGCUUACUAUUGGCUGUAAAAAAAAGUUUGUAUUUAUUGUGUACAAAUGUUAAAUAAUAAAAGAUAGAAAAGUC